AUGUCGAUCCUCGCAACACGAAAAACGGAUGAUAAUUUUGAAGAGAUACCCGUUAUUGACUUUACUGAUGCAUCAAGUUCAAACCCUGUGCGAAGGAUGGCACUCGCGGAGAGAAUUCGAGAUGCUUGUGUCAACGUCAAGAACCAUGGUAUACCAGAAGACACUAUAGCAGAUGCAGUGGAAGCUGGCAAGAAAUUCUUCAAGUUACCCAUCUCAUCUAAAAUGGAUCUUGAUAUUCAUAAAGCGAAAAACUUCAAGGGUUACACCGCACUGUUAGGGGAGAACACCGAUCCAACCGGAAGGGGAGACCUUCAUGAAGGGUUCGAUAUCGGCUGGGAAGAACGCGAGUCUUCAAGAAGCAUCAGCCAGGACAUCUUAUCACGCGAUGACAGUGGAAUGUCAGGUACCAACGUUUGGCCUGACUUGCCCGAUUUCAAAGAGCCAGUACUCUCAUAUUAUCAUUCAGUAGUACAACUGGGGUUGAAGUUGUUUCCUAUUUUAGCGUUAGCCUUGGAUUUACCGGAAAACUUCUUUGAGGACAAGACAACGAAACCGGCUGCAAUCAUGAGGCUCCUUCACUACCCUCCCCAGUCUCCAUCAAUGCUUGACAACGAUGGCAGCAUGAUUGGUAUUGGAGCACACACAGAUUAUGAAUGCUUCACAAUUCUCUGGCAAGAUGCUAUAUCCGCUCUCCAGGUCAAAAAUACUCAAGGGAAAUGGAUUGACGCUAUUCCUAUCCCUGGUACAUUCGUUCUGAACAUAGGGGAUCAGUUAUCACGAUGGACCAAUGAUGUUUUCAAAUCGACGAUUCAUCGUGCAAUUAACAAAUCCGGUCAAGAGAGAUACUCGAUGCCUCUUUUCUUUGGGGUAGACUACGAUAUACUCUUGAAGCCAAUCCCAAGUUGCGUUUCUGCAGAAAUGCCCGCAAAGUAUGAAGUAAUCGCUGCUGGAGAGUAUGUCAAGCGUCGUUUGGAGGAAACUUACACACAUUCUACGCAGAAAUAA